AAAGCCACCAGCAUCAUGGGCCACAGUCCCCCAUGACCUCGUCGGCUUCCUUUGUCCAUCUCGCUACCACACAAUUCAUACUGCAUAUUCCAUAAGCCAUUGACUGUUCUUUCUUAUUCCUUUAUCUAAACUCACUCGCUUAUAUGUCGCAUUCACAAGCCUAAUUCUGUACUCCAUCUCUGCUGCUUGACGGAUGCCUCUCAUACUGCUUGUCUACAAUCUCUGUCAACAUGGCCUCGCCCGCACCCAAACCUCUAGACAUCCGGGCUAGACGUAGUAGUCCUUCGAUCACCCCAGCGGCGGCCUCUCCCAAUCCUUCUACGCAUUCCAGACAUACCUCGAUGGCCAGACUAUCCUCUCCUGUCCCGUCCCAUCGUCUCAACAGUCCCCCGGUUGGCCAGGUUCCGACUCCUCAGCAGAUGGCUUCCGACAAGCUUGACAACGUUUUGCCCAAACUCGACAAUUUCGGCUCGUUACCUGGUCCUGGGCAGUCUGCUCUCUCUACAGCCCUUGCCUCUUCGUCCAAAUCACCGCCCCGUAUUCACACACCUCCCAUGCUUGAGACAACCCCAAGACAUUCUUCAGCUGGUGCGGCCGCAGUGUCGGGCAGUCAUGAUCGGGUACCGAGAAGUAAUUAUGGGUCCUUGCUCGAAGGAAGGGAUAUGGCAGGAAGCCCGGCUCCUACCGAAGACGCGGAAGUGGUGAAAAGACAUCUUGUGCAGCCAGAUCAAGGGUCGAGCAGAUACAAGGGCUCUUUGCGGAUGGACCUCAAUGAACGGGGAGCGGGCAUGGAUGAGGAAGAGUUCUCCAGUUUACGGCUACAGGGUGGUGAUAUAACACGUGCUGUCUAUCGAUGGGCUGAAGAACAAGAAGACAGUCAACUCGGGCGUGGAAAAAGAAGCAAGAGUUUCAGUUACGCCAGGCCGGAGCCUGAGAGCGAGAUAUUGGAUAUUCAAAACAUCAAGGUACCUGGCGGUUUCCGCAGACAUUUCCUCCGUCGAGCAGCCGAAAGCCCUGACCCUUCAAAUCGAGUCUCGAAUGUUGCUGGGCCAGCGGAGGAUUUAAUCAGAACGCAAGCAAAUGGCAAAUCUAAGCCUAACCCCCAGCUAUUCACCAAUAACUUUCUCGAAUUUCUCACAUUAUAUGGACAUUUCGCGGGUGAAGAACUUGAGGAAGAUGACGAAGUCUUGGAGCCUGACGAAUACUUCUCUUCCGAUGCUUGGGAGGAGGGCAGCGAUCGAGAACCGGGGGAAGACAGCGCUUUGCUCACCCCUGGAACCGGGGGCCUGCGGAAGAGGAGACAUAAAGAACGAAAGACAGGAGGCACUAACAGCAGCUUCAACGCUGCAUUGCUCCUGUUGAAAUCAUUUGUCGGCACAGGAGUUCUCUUCCUUCCCCGCGCUUUUCUCAACGGCGGCAUGCUAUUCUCGUCCCUAGUCUUACUCGGGGUUGCACUUCUCAGUUUUCACUGUUUUAUUCUCCUGGUCAACACGCGCAAUGUGGUUGAAGCGUCUUUCGGCGACAUUGGAGGUGUGUUGUAUGGCAAAUGGAUGAGAGCUCUGAUAUUGUUCUCCAUCGUCAUCAGUCAACUCGGCUUUGUGUCGGCCUACACGGUCUUCACGUCAGAAAACUUACAGGCCUUUGUUCUGGCGGUCUCGAAAUGCAAAAGCUUCAUUGACAUCAAAUUUAUGAUCCUCAUGCAACUGAUCAUCUUCCUCCCACUCAGUCUGAUUCGAGAAAUCGGCAAGCUCGGCUUCACGGCUCUCAUCGCCGACGCAUUCAUCAUGUUGGGACUGAUAUAUCUGUAUUACUACGACAUUGCGACCAUUGUCUUCAACCGCGGCGUCUCCGACAUCACCCAGUUCAACCCUUCCACGUGGACACUCUUCAUCGGGACGGCCAUCUUUACCUUUGAAGGGGUUGGGCUUAUCAUUCCCAUCCAAGAGUCGAUGAAGAAACCGCACAAGUUCCCCGAAGUGCUUGGCAUCGUCAUGGUCAUCAUCACGGUCCUCUUCACCUCGAUCGGCGCGUUGUCGUAUGCCGCCUACGGAUCAAAGACCAAGACGGUCGUCAUCCUCAACCUGCCGCAGGACAGCAAAAUGGUGAACGCGGUCCAGUUUUUAUACUCGCUCGCCAUCCUGCUCAGCACGCCGCUCCAGCUCUUCCCGGCCAUCCGCAUCAUGGAGAACGAACUGUUCACGCGGUCCGGCAAGUACAACCCGUACAUCAAGUGGCAGAAGAACGUUUUCCGCUUCUUUUUGGUCUGUGUCUGCUCGCUGAUCGCCUGGGGAGGGGCGGGCGACUUGGACAAGUUCGUCGCGCUCGUCGGCAGUUUCGCCUGCAUCCCGCUCGUCUACAUAUACCCUCCCAUGCUCCACUUGAAGGCCGUGGCCAGGGGUCCGUGGCAACGGGGGUUGGACUAUGUGGUUUGUGUCUUUGGGGUGGCGGGUUGCGUGUACACCACCGUGCUCACGGUGCAGCAGUGGGCCGGUGGAAGUUCAGGCAAGGCACCCGGCUAUUGUGAUUCCUGAAUUUCAUUGACGGAAAGAGGAUCGGAGAGAGAGAGAGAGAGAGAGAGAGAGAGAGACGAAUUGAAGGGCGCAUCGCAGCUUGUAUUGUGAACAAUAUCCAAUGUACCACUCCGUAAAGGGUGAAGAUGUCAAUAGCGAUCGUGACAGACACGAUGUCCGAGCCAGGACAUGUACGAGUACAGUCUCGGUUCAGAAUGAAAGAUACUUGUACAUACUAUACAUGACAGGUAUUCAGUGCCAUCUCAAAAAUAUGUACGGAAUAUAUAAUACAUUGUAAUGUUGCACGUAUGACGGGCGCGCUG